AGCAACGAGGUGUGCUUGAUGGCAUCGAUGUUGAACUGAUAAUAAUAAGCUGAGCUCUUGCUUCUCGCUUGAAAAGUGAAAGAGUCUGGUUUCAUCUUGGGAGAUUGUUUUAUUUUGUAAGUUCCGAAGUAGUACUAGUAGAAAAUCAUCAGGUUUGGAUUAGUUGUGGAGCAUUGAUUUCGUGCAUGGGGUGACAUCCGUUGGGCUGGACUAUUGUCAGUAUUGCAUCCAUUCUGGCGAAGGAAGAAAAUCAAUUUACGUCUAAUGAGAUGUCUAGUCAUUCGUAGCCCCUGGUGAUUAGUGUGUGUGCAAUCUGUGAUGGAUGAUGAUUUUGGUUCCUUUGCCACGGCUGACGCCAGUGCCUCGGCGAGUGGUGAUACACCGUCGUUCGCCGCUUUUGGCAGUUUCGCUGGAGAGACCGCAGUACCGCCAGCUGUGACCAGUCAAUCAGCGUCUGCGUUUGCCGACUUUGGUGAUUUCGGAGGCUUUGGCGGUGCUGGUAGUAGCAGUGCUGUGAAAACAGAGGGUGCGGCAACGAAUUCGCUAGCGAAUGACUUUGGUAGUUUUGGAGGCAACGAGCGACCAACCACGAAUAAUGGUCUCUCCGCAGGAGGAAACGAUUCAUCUUCCUUUGGUGACUUGAGUGGAUUCUCAAUGGCACCUGCGUCAAGUGGUCUUGGCAAUGCAGGAGCUCUUGGACAAGUCACUAGCAAUGCAUCUACCCAAGCUAGUUCUGGUAUGGACUUCGGUGACUUCGGCAGUGACCCGGCACCGGCUGCAGAUUCUGGUUUGUUUUCGGGAAUCGGUGGCGGCAGCGGGAACUUGGACAAUGCAGCAAACUCGAUGGGAUCGUCUCGAAAGGAUUCAUCUGCGAAUACAAUGCUGGGCGGUUUUGGAGGUGUAGGUGGUCUGAUGGAAACAACUACAUCAUCAGCUGCGACGUCUCAGUCACUGAGUGAUGGUGUAGCAUCGGGUCUGCGUGGUUCUGAGCAGGCAUCUGCCGCUGACGCCACAAAAUCAGGCGCUGACUUUGGCGACUUUGGUGAUUUUUCGUCCUCUGUGUCGGGCCCAGCACAUGAUGCAGGGGCCUCCAUGGAUUUUGGCGGGUUCUCUGGACUAUCAUCUGUCAGUGAAAAUAAGCCUGCCGGAAGUGCAACUGGUGACACUUCAGGUAGCAUGGGCUUUGAUGCGUUCGGCUCGGCAAUGUCCGGCGGCAGUGCUUCUCCUGCGAACCCCCUUUUCGAAUCCAGUGGACUUCAGUCUGGCUCUCCGCGAACAGAGGUGAAAAGCUCUGGAGCAGCUGUUGGUGGCUUGGAUGCUGGCUUUGGCGAUUUCAGCUCAGUGUCAGCUGCUGGUGCUGGCAACAGCCCCGUCAUGUCCGGCUUGGGAUCCGCCAAUUCACAAUCAGCAUCCCCAGCUCUCUCGGCUAAGGGUGCUAGCAUAAUGAGCAAAGCUGACGACGGUAGCUUUGGUGAUUUCGGCUCUGCCAUGUCUGGUGCCUCGCCGUCAACCUCAGCUCGUGACUCGAUGAAAGGUGAUGAUGGUAGCUUUGGGGGCUUCGGCUCUGCAAUGUCUGGUGCAUCUAACUCUGGUCACAAUUCAUUCAAAGCUGGUGAGGGUGGCUUCGGGGACUUUGGCUCUGCGGCUGCAUUAGACUCGGGCCUCACUUCAAUCAAAGGUGAUAAUGGUGGCUUUGGGGACUUUGGCUCAGCAAUGUCCGGUGCAGUAUCAUCAGGCUCUGCUCGCGACUCGCUCAAGCCUGAGGGCGGUGGCUUUGGGGACUUUGGCUCAACAAUGUCCGGUGCCGUGUCAUCAGGCUCUGCUCGCGACUCGCUCAAGGCUGAUGACGGUGGCUUUGGAGACUUUGGCUCCUCUAUGGCGAGCGCACCGUCUAACACGGGUGCUGGCAUGGGCAGCUUUUCAAUGGAGUCGCCCAGCUUGAAGCCUAAGGGUGAAACUUCUAUCGUAUCAUCUGAUGCCGAUUUUGGUGGCUUUGGAGCGUUCGGGUCUGCAUCAGCUACGUCCAAUGGCAACUCCACCGCUGAUGCCGAUUUUGGCGGUUUUGGUUCAGCAGUGCCUAAUGCCGGCACCACUGCGGUGAUAGAGAGUGUGGACGGUGCUGGUACUGUGUCCUCUGGCAGCUCUGCGGCAGCAUCGGCGGAUUCCUUUGGAGCAUUUGGUGGCACGGCUGCACCAGUUGCCAGCCAAUCUGACAAGCCCGCGGCGGAUGGAAACGAGGACAAAGAUGAUUUUGGCUCCUUUUCUGCUGGGGGUAAUGGCAGCUCUGCCGCUGCUGCUGCUGCUGCUCCUGGUGAUGAUGAUGGGUUUGGCGACUUUGGGUCCUUUUCGACCAGCCAAACAGCAGACAACACAUCAUCUGCUGCUUUCACGAAUCAAUCAGUUAACUCAACACCGGCCGUAUCGACCACCGGUGCCUCCAUCUCGAGUGCCAUGCCUGCUGACGAUAAAGACGACUUUGGUGGGUUUGGUGGCUUCAGCACAUCGACUGCAGGUGGAUCGUCAGGUGGAUUUGGUGCGUUUGGUGCUGCACCUGUGGCAUCGUCGGGUAGUGGCCCCAAUGCUGGCACUGCAGACGAUGAUGACGAUGAGUUUGGAGGAUUUGGUGGGUUCGAUUCGGGCAAGUCGGCUGCACCUGCAACGGCAGCAGCAAGUUCAACUGGCAGCGGUGCAUUCGGUGCUUUUGCAGCGCCAGCAAGCACUGGCUUCCAGGGUGCAUCAGCAUCGUCAGCAAAGCCUGCACCCGCUGAUGAUGACGACGACGAGUUUGGUGGAUUCGGCUCGUUCUCGACCCCGUCUACGGGCGCUGCCAGUGCUUUUGCUAGUGCCCCUGCACCGGCUGUGGCCGCAGCCCCGGCACCUGCACCGGUCGCUGCACCUGCCGCUGUUCCAGCGACUGCUGCCAAGUCCUUUGCUUCGGCACGUGAGGCACUGACGACUAGCUUCCCAGCUCAAUCAUCGUCCCCGCUGUCCCAAGCUCAACCCUCAGGUCUUCAGUCGUCGCUGGCCAGUGGUGGCCCGUGGGCAGAGCUUGGUCGGGUCGGUGAGCGCCCGCUGGCAUCCUUUGACAAGAUGGCAACUCGGAUUCGCUGUGACUUCCUCGGUGCUCUGAAGGUGGAAGGAUCUCUGAUUGGCGUACAAUCAGGCCAACACCAGGUACCAGCCUUUGCAGCAGGCCUCGGUUUGCUGCAACCGUCCGGCAGCCCAGCUCUUUCGCAUAGCACCGCCGUGUCGCCCAGCGGCGAUGAUCCAUUCUCGUUGGACACGAGACCCGUGACGCCGCUGGAUCUUUUCGGAACUAGUACGGCGUCUUCGGGUCGUGCCACCCAUGACGAUGGCUACCCUCAGCCGCACGUGCCGAUGGGCGCUUCUGCUCUUCUUGACUUGACAUUUGAGGCCAGCGCAGGUAACACCGGUGCGUCUGCAGCUACCGUUAUCUCUGAUCCACUGCUGCAGAGUGACCUGAUGGGCUUGGAUCUGACAUUCAGUGCCGAUGUGCCACCUCCGGUUGAAGAGGAGCUCCCGCAGUCUACGGUAACGAGCCAGCUGCCGAAGACCAAGGAGCUAAGUCCUGAGAUGGAGCGCAUGAUUGAUUCACUGCCUGACCUCUCAUUCAUGCUGUCCAAGGUGUUGAUGUUUCCUGCUGUGUUGACAUCUAAUGCGUAGUUCUGCUAUGGUCUCUACGCGUGUACAUAUCAGUCUUCCUGGAUCUGCUAUUUUCAUAUUUAUUUUUAGUACCUGCUGCUCUGCAUUCCAAACUCCCUCUUCCUUGUGUUUUGCAGAGAGCCAGAGACGCUUUUUAUUUCAUUGUUGUCGCUGAAACUGCACUUUACUUUGAUGUGACACUCCCUCCAUCUUUUGGCAUGCUUGCCCCCUUGCAAGUUGUGUUCAUGUCAGUCUAGUUCUGUUGGAAGCAUGUAAAUGCAGCUCCAGUUUUUGGGCAAAUUAUAUAAUUCAACUGAGUGAAGCACAUUGUAUACAUAUUUUUACCUAGGAUUUUUGAUUUCUUGUAGCUCACAUCCGGAGUGUCUUGUACAUUCAAUUGCUAUAUGCACAAAAAUGCGAAUUUAUUAUUAUUGUACACAACAACUAGCAAUUUCCGAUUAGGAUUUUAUUGCUGCUGAUGCUGCUGCAGCUUUACUGCCGAUUGUGGGGAAAAAUAUGCCAGUCGAA